AUGGACUAUAAAGUCCCUACGCAUGCAGAAAUCGAUCCUUACUUUUCUGUGAAUCCAAUUUCUGAAUGGCAACAUUUCAAUGCGUUUAUAAACUUCAAGUUAGAAGAUGGCCGAGUCUAUACAGCAGAAGAACUAUUUAGGAGCUUCUGUAGGUCACUAGCAUGCAUCGAGAAUGGUAAUUACCCCAAAUUCGUUACGGAUUAUGCAAAAAAUCUAAAGACGGCUACGAAGAUGAAAAGAAACUUUUUCAUGGAGCUUGCAGAGAAGAUUAUUGAGCGUAUUGAACGACGGCAAUUAAUGAAGGAAAAUGAAAUUGAUAUUCAGGAAAAGCAGUCCUUGCGGGUUCAAGUAUCUAAAUCGAAAGCAUUAGAUGAUAUAACGAAUGCAAUUAUUGGAAAGCGUAAAAGAGACAGUAAUGACGAUUAUGAUAAUGAACAUAUUAACAUUGAGACUUUUGAUAAUGAGCAAACGGCCAGAGAAAAUUAUGCUAUUUCUGCAAGAGAACUUAGUAAUGACCUCGCGAUGUCUUCAUUCAACAUUAAAGCGAGCUCUAAACAAGUUUUUACAUGGGAACAUGUAAUACCAAAAAUGGAAAUAAAUGAAAAUUCAACGAAGGAUGUAUGUCCACAAAUGUUUGGAACUGAUGAACAUGCUUACUGUGAUUUUACUAAAUCGCCUCCCU